CACCAAAUCAUUUUCUCACCGAAUAUAGCCACACAUCAAAAGCAAACAACAACAUCAGGAAGAAACAAGCUAGCGACCGCCCGGUGCAGAUGAAUUCGAUGGAACAAGUCAAUUUGAAUUUAAGUCCAUCGGAUGGAAUAAUGUCAAGACAUAAUCAGCCAAGCCAAAACCCACAUGAGUCCAUGAAAGAAACCUCAAAGGUCGCAGAUUCAUGGGGCCAGCAGUACAACAUGAAGAGCUCUCACCCUUACUCUCUCCCAAAGCUCAUCGCCUUCUUCUUCGCCUUCUUCUCUCUCUCUUACUUCCUCUACUCCCUCCAAUUCCUCUACUCUCCUCACUCCUCCUCCUGUGAUACUUCUCAUAUUGAUGAUUUCAAUCACCACCACCACCAAGCAGAAGCACUCUCUCCACCGCCGACCGAAACGGCCCUCCACCACAUCGUUUUCGGCAUAGCCUCCUCGACCAAACUAUGGCACUACCGCAAGGACUACCUCAAGAUCUGGUGGCAGCCGGACCGAAUGCGCGGCGUUGUGUGGCUCGACAAGCCGCUGCCCCGACCCGAGGCCAUGGAAGGAGAGGACGACUCGACCCUCUUGCCUCCUGUGAAGAUCUCGAGCGACACGUCGGGGUUCAAGUACAAGAACCCCAAGGGCGACCACUCCGCCGUGCGCAUCUCCAGGAUAGUCUCCGAGACUUUCCAGCAGCUGGACGGCGAAGAGGCGAGGUGGCUCGUGAUGGGGGACGACGACACCGUCUUCGUGGCGGAGAACCUGGUGAGGGUGCUGUCCAAAUACGAUCAUAAUCAGUAUUAUUACAUCGGGAGCUGGUCGGAGAGCCACCUGCAGAACAUAUACUUCUCGUACAACAUGGCGUACGGCGGCGGCGGGUUCGCCAUCAGCUACGCGCUGGCUAGAGCGCUCGAGCGGAUGCAGGACCGGUGCCUCCGGCGGUACCCGGGCCUUUACGGGUCUGACGACCGGGUUCAGGCUUGCAUGGCCGAGCUCGGCGUCCCUCUCACCCGAGAACCGGGUUUUCACCAGUUCGACGUGUACGGGAACGUGUUUGGGCUCCUAGCUGCUCACCCAAUCACGCCAUUGAUCUCGCUCCACCACUUAGACGUGGUCGAGCCCAUUUUCCCCAAACUGACCCAAUUCCAAGCCCUGCAAAGGCUACGGACUCCGCUCAAGCUGGACUCAGCUGCGCUAAUGCAGCAGUCCAUUUGCUACGACCGGACCCGGAGCUGGACUGUGUCCGUCUCCUGGGGCUACGCGGUCCAGAUACACCGGGGCAUCUACCCGCCCAGGGACAUGGAGACGCCCUCGAGAACGUUCCUCCAUUGGUACAAGAGAGCCGACCCCGCCGGAUUCGCGUUCAAUACCCGGCCCUUGAGCAAGAACCCGUGCGAGAAGCCCUUCAUCUACUUCCUCUCGGAUGCGGCCCGCGAUGCAAGGACGAACGCGACGGUCAGUGAGUAUGUCCAGCACGGGGUGCCAAGCCUGGAUUGCAAGUGGAAGAUCGCGGACCCGUCGAGGAUUCGCAGAGUGGAGGUCCACAAGAAGCCCGACCCGCAUUUAUGGGACAAGGCUCCUAGAAGAAAUUGCUGCAGGGUGUUGCCGACGAAGAAAAAGUUCACCAUGGAAGUGAAUGUGGGAGAAUGCAGAGAAGACGAGAUUGUUGAAUUGAGGUGACAUUAGCUGGGAGAAGAUGAAUAUUUUGAGUCCUCGACGCUUUACACGACACACUGGAUUGAAUCUGAUUACAGCUUAUUACACGAACCUCACUCGAUAUUAUUGAUUGGAAUCGAAGAGAAGCCCUUGCUGUCACGAGGAGCUCAAGCUUAGUCACGUUGAGGUUUUUGCCCAGGAAUUGGGUAUGUGUGUCUCUAGUCUCUACAACUAACACUAGUUCCAACGUCAUGCAAAGUACAUCAAAAUUUGAUGAAUGCGGGUCGUAAUUUUGCCUAA